AUGUUCUCUUCAGCCGACCACAGUUUUGCCGCCGCUCGAGCACCAUCCUCGGCCAAUAAAUCCACGUUCAGCCUUCAACCAGCAACACCGCUCCACCGGCCCCCUCACCUGCGGUCAAGGCCAACACCUUCAAGAGCUCCGGUUUGUUCUUCUCGAUACCCGCCGGAAAAACGGGUUGCUUACAAAAUUAUCAAUUCUGGAGAUAGUGGACGCCUUUGGGUGCAGGACGGUAUGAGGAAUUCAGAGAUCGGGUGCUGUGAGGUUGAAUUGGGCAUAGCGGGGGCUGUGGGGAUCCAAGAGCAGCUAAUCUGGAAGUCUUUCAGCUCUGAAGGUGCCCCUCUAGCCGCCAUCCCAAUUGGGAAAUUGCCUGGUAAUUCAGAAAUCCCCCCUUUUUUUUGUUCUCUAUAG